AUGAUGUGUGAUGAGCUGGAGAUUCUUAACAGGGAGAUUGCGAGGUUAUUACAGAGCAACAGCAUGGAAGAAAGCUCUUUAAACUCAGAAUCUCUUCACCCAUCAACCUCUGAUUCCUGGGAUGUAGUCACUGCUUCAGGCAAUGAAUCACAAGGCAGUUUAGUGAAGGCAGCCCUAUCAAGCGGAGCAUUGAUGGUUUUGGAGUCUUCUGAACGGCGUCGUGAAGAUCCUUGUGCUUCUGACUUCCCCAGGGCAGCGAGUGUUGUAGGGAUUAUGCUGAGUGAUUCUUCCUUUGGCUUGAGACGAACCACUGAAAAAAUCCCAGCAACCUCUAACGCUGUUCCAGAAGUGAAAUCUGGAACAGAAGAAGGGAGUUUGAAAUCUGUGGCCCUAGCCGCUGAGUCUAAUAUGGAAAACUCUUCUUUUGCUUUGGAUGACAAAGGCGAGCAAAGCAAUGAAGAUGAUCAAAAGACAGUUAAGCCCACCAGUAAAGAGUUCAAGAAGACGUGGGGUUUUCGGAGGACCACAAUUGCAAAGCGUGAAGGCUUAGGGGACGCAGACAUGGACGUUGCUGAGCAGCAGCCCUCUCCGCAGCAACAAAGCCUGGCUCUUAGGCGUAGUGGGCGACAGCCCAAACGCACGGAACGGGUCGAAGAAUUUCUCACAACGGUGAGGCGCAGAGGAAGGAAGAACCUCCCUUCGGCUCUUGAGGACUUGAGUGAGCCAACAUCCUGCCACGUGACUGACAUUGAGACGGCUUCUGAAGGCAGCGUGGAAAGUUUGUCAGAGAUAAAAACUGCCUCUCAGAAGCGCCGCUCCAAGGACAGCAAGGGCCAGUCAGCUCAGAAAGGCAAAAGCACAAAAGAAGAGGAGGAGGAGGAGGAGGAGGAGGACACAUCCGACAGUGACAGUGAUGGGUUAACAUUGAAAGAACUGCAGAACCGUCUGAGGAAGAAACAUGUUGAGCAAAAAGCUACAGCGCUAACUUUAAAAGAGCUGCAGAAUCGCCUCAGGAGAAAGCAGCCCCCGCAAAGUGCCACUGAUCAGGUUGACAUCCAGGCCGGCAAUCAGGUUAAGCCUGAAACGGCUGUAAAGCAAGAUCCGGAAACUGCAGAGAACAUUCAGGCUGGAGAUCAGGUAGUUGUUGCUGAGGAAGUGGCUGAAGAGGUGGAGGUGAAGAAAGAACCUCCUGUACAGUCUGGCGAUGAAGCUGAAGAAUCCGUAAAGAGCAAGUCAGAAUCUGAGGUUUAUGAUCCGAGUACUCUGUACUGUAUCUGUCAGCAGCCUCAUAAUAACAGGUUUAUGAUUUGCUGCGAUAGAUGUGAGGAAUGGUUUCACGGGGACUGCGUGGGAAUUUCAGAGGCCCGCGGGCGACUGUUGGAAAGGAAUGGGGAGGACUACAUCUGCCCAAAUUGCACCAUUCUUCAGGUGCAAGAUGACCCAGCCACUGAAACACAGUCGCAAGAAACUGUGUUGGGGCGGUUAACAGAACUCACAAGCAUAGGGACGGUUGAGCAAAAGUCAAGCGAGGACCAAGGCAUCAAGGGUCGGAUUGAAAAGGCUGCAAAUCCAAGUGGGAAGAAAAAACUGAAAAUAUUUCAGCCGGUAGUUGAAGAGCCUGAAGCAGCCAGUUGCAUUGGGCCUGGCUGUUCUAACGUGGCUCAGCCAGGUUCUGUGUAUUGUGGACACGAGUGCAUUAUCAAACACGCCACAGCCACCAUGAAGUUAAUGAGCGAAAGCAAAGAGCAGAAACCAAAAGAGAAGACAAGAGUGAAAGUCGAACGAUUUGUUGCCCCGAAGCCUCAGCCUCUGGCAGGCACCAAACCUCCCUCCAUGCUGAAGAGACCAGUUCCUGAAAAAAGAGAGAUGGCCACAAAGAAGAUGUUGGUGACUGCCUUUAAGACCGAAGCAAAUACUCAGACAGUUGCUAAAGAGCCAGCCUCAGAAAGCAGCACUCCGUCCUGGGCAAGCGAUCAUAAUUAUAAUGCAGUAAAGCCAGAAAGGACUCCUGCCAUUUCAUCAUCACUGUUGUUCAAAUCAGCACAAAAAGAAGAACGGAAGAAUGAGGAUAGACCAGUAGAACCUUCAACAGCAUCAAAGAAAAUCAUUGUUUCUGCUUCUUCAGCUGAGAGACAGAUGUCUUCCCAAACUAAAAAUCUGCCUCAAAAGAAGCCCCCUGCAUUUACUAGCUCUUCGCUAACUAAGCACCCUAUUAAGUAUUCUGCCGCCGGCUUCAAAGGGGUCAUACCAAAGAAAUCCUCGUCGUCAGCUGGUUCACCUGCAUCCAGCACAGCGGCAUCUUCUAGGCCUUCACCUCUGUCCUAUGGUACAUCCUCUAUUCCUAGAAAAACACUUGCAUCUUCUAGCAUGGGUGGAGGAUCUAGGAAGCCCAUGAUGUCUUCUGCUUCUCCGUCUGUGACAUCUGCAGCACAAGCCAAAUCUGCAGCAAGUGCUGGUCAGUCACAACCUAACUCCCAAAUUCGACAAAAUAUACGGAGAUCCCUCAAGGAGAUUUUGUGGAAAAGAGUAAAUGAUAGUGAUGAUCUGGUCAUGACAGAGAGUGAAGUGGGAAAGAUUGCACUGAAUAUUGAAAAGGAAAUGUUUAACUUGUUCCAAGCUACAGACAACCGAUAUAAGAGCAAAUACCGCAGCAUUAUGUUCAACCUCAAGGAUCCCAAAAAUCAGGGCCUUUUCCAUCGUGUUCUUCGAGAAGACAUUGCUCUGUCAAAGCUAGUGAGAAUGAAGCCAGAAGAACUUGCAUCCAGAGAGCUGUCUUUGUGGAAAGAAAAACCAGCCAGAUCAAUAAUGACACCUAGACGUAAAUCUAAUGAAAGCAAAAAAUCAACAGUAAAGCAAGAACCCAUCCCAGAUGUUAACAUGGAAGAUUCCCCACCAGUAUCUGACUCUGAUGAGCAGCAAGAGUCCGAUCGAGCAGCUCCUGAGAAAAGCACUGCGCCUCUUUUGGACAAUUUCAGCAGUAUGUUGAAGGACACAACGAGUCAGCACCGAGCCCAUCUUUUUGACCUGAACUGUAAAAUCUGUACAGGUCAGAUGUCAGUAUCAGAUGAAGAACUAUCUGCAAAGAAACCAAAAUUUUCAUCUUCAUCUGCCAAGAAGGUGGAGCCAAAGAUAGAAACAAAGGCAAAAUCUGAAAGCUUGACUCAAGUGGAGGAUAUGGACAUUGACCAAGAUGAUUCAGACGAUGCUUCGGAACCCAUUACUGGAUCUGCUGCCGAAGCAGUCCCUCAGCCAAGCUUAGAAAGAGCUUAUGUCCCUUUAACUCAAGCGCAAAAUAGCUUGGAAUCUUCUGUAGCAAACGAGAGCGCUCUCUAUCCCGCCUCUUACGCUGGUGGAGUCAUCACCACUGUAACAGUCUCCGGCAAGGAUCCGAGGACAGCAAUGAGCACCUCGUUAGCCUCUGUCUCUGCGGGGACUUCUGCAUCGCUUUCCCUGCCUGCCCCAGAGAAAAGUUCUCUCAGCGAAAGUAAAGCAGACGUUUCACGGUCGGUUUCGCAACCUCCAAAGUCAAUCCUGACAAAGCCAUCCUCCUCCUCGGAUCCAAGAUACUUGGCAGUUCCAUCGCUAAACGUUGGUAUUUCAGAGCCACGGUCCCCUCAGGAAGGAGACACUUCCCAGUUUCUCUCACGCAUCAGCACCAUUUGGAAAGGCUUCAUCAACAUGCAGAGUGUGGCCAAGUUUGUCACCAAAGCAUAUCCUGUUUCUGGGACCUUUGACUACCUCAGUGAGGAUUUACCAGAUACCAUUCACAUUGGAGGGAGGAUCUCGCCGAAGACAGUGUGGGAUUACAUUGGCAAACUUAAAUCGUCUGUGUCAAAGGAACUAUGCUUGAUUCGUUUCCAUCCUGCAACAGAAGAAGAGGAGGUCGCCUACAUUUCUCUGUACUCCUAUUUUAGCAGUCGUGGUCGAUUUGGUGUUGUAGCUAAUAACAACAGACAUGUCAAGGACCUCUAUCUGAUUCCUCUCAGUGCUAAGGAUCCUAUUCCACCCAAACUUUUGCCCUUUGAGGGACCAGGUCUUGAAUCGACACGUCCAAACUUAAUUCUUGGAUUAGUGAUUUGUCAGAAAGCCAAGCGUCCUGCAACUGUGUUGGAAUCUGAAAAGGUAGACGAAAAACGAAGCAGAAUUCAGUUACAGGAUGAGACAGAAGUAUCUACAUAUCCUAAAGGCACUUCACUUUCUCAGCAAGAGAAGAAAUCUCCAAAAUUCUCCCUGUAUUCUGCAGAUACAGUUGUCAGUACAACACCACCUGGCUCUCCACCACCUCCACCCCCAGCUCCUCCUUCGGAACAGUCUUCAAUAGUAACACCUGCUAUGCUAAAAAUAUUAUCAUCAGUUAAAAUGGGAAGCUCAACCACUGCCACAUCAUCAAACGUUUCAUUGCCGGGAACUAACACAACGACCCCAUCUUCUUCAGCUCCCUCCUCUUCAAAAUCAUCCACACCUCUUGAUCACAUCCUGCAAACGCUGUUUGGAAAAAAGAAAUCCUUUGACUCUGUAACCAAGGACUCUGAAACGACUCAGAUGUCUAAGACUGAAGCUCAAACAAGUAUUGAAGAAGGGCUGCCGACUGUUCCUUUACUGGAUCCCAUUGUGCAGCAGUUUGGGCAGAUGUCAAAAGAUAAAGCUAUUGAAGAGGAGGAAGACGACAGACCUUAUGAUCCCGAGGAAGAGUACGGCCCAGAGAGAGCUUUCGCAAUGCAGAGUGGCGAAACUGGACUUGAAAAACAACGUGAAGCUUCAGAGCAAGAAGAUGAAGCCUACGAUCCCGAAGAUGAAACCAUCUUAGAAGAGGCAAAAGUUACUGUUGAAGACUUACCCAACAGAAUGUAUUCGGAGUCUAAAAGCAACUCUUUGGCAACAUCUGCUCCGUUUGUCCCUGAUAUAUCUGCUCCAACAACUUUGGUAGAACAGCAGAAAAUGUUAGAAGAAUUAAACAAACAAAUAGAGGAGCAGAAAAGGCAACUGGAAGAACAAGAGGAAGCUCUUAGACAGCAAAGAGCAGCUGUUGGUGUAUCGUUGGCUUGUUUUUCCGUCUCUGAAGCGUUACUGUCGCCUCCUCCAAAGUCAGCCAUAGCAAAAAUUGAGUUAUUUCAAAACGAAAAACCGACUACUGAAAAAUCAGAAUUGAUCACUUCCUUAAGUCAGACCCAACUGUUAAGUCAGGGAAGUGAUCCCAGACAAAGUAGAGAUCCCCGACAAGCUCGAAGGAUCAUAACUGAGGGUAAUGAAAAUACUGACUCUAAUUUAAAGACACAAACGAUUCAGGGAGAAUCCUCCACGCGGGACAUGAUUUUACCCAGCUAUUCAGGUCCGCCACAAACAUUAUUUAACAAAGAUGAUAAAACAUUGAUGUCUGUUACGCAGCCUGGUCAUAGUGAAACCUGGAUAAUGGGUGAAAAAGGUUCUGCAUUGCCUGAACAAGAUGUACCUACUAUCAAGUUUGAAAAUCCCCCACAAGUUCACCAGGAAACCAUAAAUAAACCAGCUGGUGAAGCAUCCGUAACUGCACCCCCUCGUAAAGUACUGCUACCCACACCUCCCAAUCCAUGUUUCCUGCCUAGUUUCUCUGCACCUAAUGAUGGUCAGAAUGUAAGUUGGUCUAAUGUGUCUCAGGACAGUAGUGCAGCAGGGGUAGGAAGAGAUUCUUUUUCAGGCGCUGGGGUCACACCCCAGGAAAAAGUUCCUGGUCACUUUGAAGCAGAAAGGGGCCCCUCUUCAUUGCAAUACGACGGCCAAAGAAAUCCUCAGUCUUGCCACUUUUUUGAACAGGCGGGAGCUCCAGCAGUUCAAAGUGAGGAAGAAAGAGGUGGAGCCCCGUUUGCUUCUCUUGGGCAGAAAGGUGUUCCUCCUUCACUAAUGUGUGGUGCUCCUGAUUUCCAUGGACAGAGGGGCCCACCACCACCGUUUCCUGAAGGGCAUAAUCCUCCCCCAAACAACGAUGGACAGAGGGGGCCUCCACCAAACAGGUUUGGAGCGCCAAGAGCACCUAUCCCUUCAUUAUUUUCUGCACAACAUGGACCGCCGCCUCUCUUUGGUGAUAACAGGGGCCCUUCACCAUCAUUUCCUGGAGGUCCAAGAGAAAUGGCACCCUCUCAGUUUGAAGAGCAUAGGGAGCCUCACAUUGAACACAAGGAAUUUCCAGAUUCCCAGUAUCAUGAGAUGACUGGACCGCCUGGGAAAUUUGAAGGCCCUGAGCCGCCCCAGUUUAUGGGGAAUAGAGGACCUUCACCUUUUACUUUUGGGGGUCAAAGAAGGCCUCCUCCAACUCAAUUUAAAGGACAAAGAGGGGGCCCACCAAAUCAGUUUGCAGGGCCAAGAGGUCCACCGCCUAAUCACUUUGGGGGUUCAAGGGGUCCUCCUCCAAGUAAAUUUGAAGGGCAAAGAGGACCUGCUCCAGGUCACAUGCCAGGACCAAGGGGACUCUUACCGGCACCAUUUGAAGAACGGAGAGGGAGCCCACCACCCAGAUUUCCAAGCCAGAGAGGCCCAGCCCCACAUCAGUUUGGACCAAGGGGAGGCGCACCUGGUCCAUUUCCAGAACAAAAUGAACCUCCCCCCAAAAGACAUAAUUUUCAAGGGCAGACACAGCAAGGUGUGAAACCAGCCCCAAGACCACUUUUGGAUCUUCCAAGUCAUCCACCACAGCAUAGGAAAGAGUGGGAUGAAUCUGGGCCACCUGCCUCCCACUCUAAUACUUCAGGACAGGGAUCUGAUUCUGAAGCCCAGUGGCCGGCAUCUGAUUUUCGAGAUGGCCGAAGUAAUGAGUAUAGAUCUCAGACUUUUGAAGGGCGGCAGAGAGAGAGAUUUGAGGGCGGUAAUAAGGAGAAAAUGUUAGAGCAGCCUGAUGUCCAGCAGUCUGAUAAUCGCCCAAACAGAGGAACUGAUGACAGACGACGAGACCGUGAUCAUAAUCGGCCGUGGGAAAGAGACCACGGCAGAAACUGGAAUAGAGGCAGGGAGAGGAAUUGGGAGAGACACAGAGAAAAAGACUGGGAUAAGAACAGAGACAGAAACUAUAACAAAGACAGAGAAAGGGAGUCCGAGCGAGGUAAAGACUGGGAACGAAAUAGAGAGAGAGUCAGAACCAGAGAAGGAGAUUCUUACCGAAGACGAGACCGAUCAAGAAGCAGGGACCGGGAUUAUGACAGAUACAGGGACAGAGAAGCUCGAAGCAGAGAAAAAGACCGCGAAAGGGAUAGGGACCGUGACAAAGAGAGAACCAGCGAUCGCAAGGACCGCAGUAAAAGUAAAGAAUGUGACAGAGACUCCAAGCCAGAAAUACAAACAGGUGGUCAAAGGCCAUCACAUUCAGAAACUCUUCCUCCUUCCAAUAAGACAUAGUAAGGGAAUGACCACUCAAUAAUGAGUCACUCAGAAAAA